CUAAGUGCUGGCUAAAGCAGGUGUCAGAUUGCGAUGAGCUAGGUGGCUCUGGGAUUACUCAGAGCCUCAGGAGUGUCUCUGGAAAGUCCGGCUACAAUUCCUCCGCAUCCCUCUCGGACAGCUCCUCAACUCCGCUGGAACAGGCAGAGUGAAAAUGGUCCACCACUCAGGCUCCAUUCAGUCCUUUAAACAGCAAAAAGGUAUGAAUAUAAGCAAAAGUGAGAUAACAACGGAAGCUUCUUUAAAACCAUCUCGGAGAUCUCUGCCCUGUCUGGCUCAGAGCUAUGCUCACUCAAAAAGCUUGAGUCAAUCUGCCUCGCUGUUUCAGUCAACCGAGAGUGAAUCUCAGGCUCCAACCUCUGUGACAUUUCUCUCUGCUGAUAAACCUGAACAUGUUACUUCUGAGGAGAGUAGAAAAGACUCUACCCUUAAGUGUUCCUUUGCUGACCUCAGUGAGUUUUGCUUGGCUCUGGGGAAAGACAAGGAUUACAUGGAUGAAUCUGAACAUGCCAACUAUGAUCGAUCUCGUCUCCUUAAUGACUUUGUUACCAAAGAUAAACCGGAAUCCAAGACAAAGUUAUCUAAGAAUGACAUGAGUUACAUAGCAUCCAGUGGGCUCUUAUUCAAAGAUGGCAAAAAGAGAAUUGAUUACAUCCUGGUUUAUCGAAAAACAAAUAUACAAUAUGACAAAAGAAACACAUUUGAAAAGAACCUGAGAGCAGAAGGCUUGAUGUUGGAGAAGGAGCCAGCAGUUGCCAAUCCUGACAUCAUGUUUAUUAAAGUUCACAUUCCAUGGGACACACUGUGCAAGUAUGCAGAGAGGCUGAACAUCAGGGUGCCCUUCAGGAAAAAAUGUUACUAUACUGACCAGAAGAACAAAUCAAUGAACAGGGUACAAAAGUAUUUCAAAAGAAUCAAAAAAUGGAUGUCCCAAAACCCAAUGGUUCUUGACAAGUCAGCGUUUCCAGAGCUGGAGGAGUCAGACUGCUACACUGGCCCUUUCAGCAGAGCCAGGAUUCACCACUUUAUAAUAAACAAUAAGGACACCUUCUUCAGCAAUGCUACUCGCAGCAGGAUAGUCUAUCACAUGCUGGAACGUACCAAAUAUGAAAACGGAAUAUCAAAAGUGGGUAUUCGUAAGCUUAUCAAUAAUGGCUCAUACAUAGCAGCAUUCCCCCCACACGAGGGAGCCUACAAGAGUAGCCUUCCCAUCAAAACCCAUGGACCUCAGAAUAACAGACAUCUAUUGUAUGAGCGCUGGGCACGCUGGGGAAUGUGGUACAAGCAUCAGCCUCUGGACUUAAUCAGGCUGUACUUUGGUGAGAAGAUUGGCUUAUACUUCGCCUGGCUGGGAUGGUAUACUGGAAUGCUGAUUCCUGCUGCAGUGGUCGGCCUAUGUGUUUUCUUCUACGGAUUAGUUACAAUGAAUGAAAGUCAAGUAAGCCAAGAAAUUUGUAAAGCCACCGAAGUCUUCAUGUGCCCCCUGUGUGACAAGAAUUGCUCACUGCAGCGACUCAACGACAGCUGCAUCUAUGCCAAGGUAACAUAUUUGUUUGAUAAUGGAGGGACAGUCUUCUUCGCUAUUUUUAUGGCAAUAUGGGCCACUGUCUUUCUUGAGUUUUGGAAAAGGAGAAGAAGCAUACUGACUUACACAUGGGACCUUAUUGAGUGGGAAGAAGAGGAGGAAACACUUCGCCCCCAGUUUGAAGCAAAAUACUACAGGAUGGAGAUAAUAAACCCCAUCACAGGGAAACCUGAGCCUCAUCAGCCUUCAUCUGACAAAGUCACACGACUUCUUGUGUCUGUCUCAGGGAUCUUCUUCAUGAUCUCCUUGGUCAUCACAGCAGUGUUUGCAGUUGUGGUGUACCGUCUGGUUGUCAUGGAACAGUUUGCAUCUUUCAAGUGGAAUUUCAUCAAACAGCACUGGCAGUUUGCUACAUCUGGUGCUGCUGUCUGUAUCAAUUUCAUAAUCAUCAUGCUGCUGAAUCUUGCCUAUGAAAAAAUUGCAUACCUCCUCACAAAUUUAGAAUAUCCUCGAACAGAAUCAGAGUGGGAAAACAGCUUUGCUUUGAAGAUGUUCCUUUUCCAGUUUGUCAAUCUGAACAGUUCUAUCUUCUAUAUUGCAUUCUUUUUGGGAAGAUUCGUAGGCCACCCAGGAAAAUACAAUAAGCUUUUUGAGCGGUGGAGACUGGAGGAAUGCCAUCCUAGCGGCUGUCUGAUAGACCUCUGCCUCCAGAUGGGCGUCAUCAUGUUUCUGAAGCAAAUAUGGAACAACUUCAUGGAGCUGGGAUAUCCGUUAAUCCAAAACUGGUGGUCACGACAUAAAAUCAAACGGGGAAUCCAGGAUGCUUCCAUACCACAAUGGGAAAAUGACUGGAACCUUCAGCCUAUGAACAUUCAUGGGCUGAUGGACGAAUACUUAGAAAUGGUUUUGCAGUUUGGCUUCACUACCAUCUUUGUUGCUGCUUUUCCCCUGGCCCCUCUUUUGGCUCUGUUAAACAAUAUCAUAGAAAUCAGAUUGGAUGCAUAUAAAUUUGUGACCCAGUGGAGGAGGCCUCUGCCAGCCCGAGCCACUGACAUAGGUAUCUGGCUUGGAAUUCUUGAGGGAAUUGGCAUAUUGGCUGUGAUCACCAAUGCAUUUGUAAUUGCUAUUACAUCUGAUUACAUCCCACGUUUUGUCUAUGAAUACAAAUACGGCCCUUGUGCAAAUCAUGUAAAGCAGAAUGAAAAUUGCCUAAAGGGAUAUGUCAACAAUAGCUUAUCCUUCUUUGACCUGAGUGAACUUGGUAUCGGAAAAUCUGGUUACUGCAGGUACCGAGACUAUAGAGGCCCCCCUUGGAGUUCCAAACCCUAUGAGUUCACCUUACAGUACUGGCACAUCCUGGCUGCUCGAUUGGCCUUCAUUAUUGUGUUUGAGCAUCUUGUUUUUGGCAUUAAGUCAUUCAUUGCAUACCUGAUUCCAGAUAUACCAAAGGGCCUCCGCGAGCGCAUACGGCGAGAGAAAUACUUAGUUCAAGAAAUGAUGUAUGAGGCUGAACUGGAACAUUUACAGCAACAGAGAAGAAAAAGUGGUCAGCCUAUUCACCAUGAAUGGCCUUAGGCAGUACCUGUUACCCAAAAGGGGAGGUACCAUUAGUGUGCAGGAAUGAGACACUUGAAAUGUAGCUAGGAUCCAAGAGAAAGGCACACUUGGCAAACUACAUUGUAAAAUGCUACUUGGAAAUACAUCCUAGAGGUCUAUGUGAUUUAGAAUGCUCAGACUUCUAAGGAAAUAAAGACUCGUGACCUCCAAAGUACUCCAACGGAAUGGCAGGCAGCCAGGCUCUGAUGCUCAGAACAAGCCUUCAGGGGAGUUCUCUGUUUUGAGGCCAUUCUGUUCCAUUAGCUGCAGAACAAAUAGGAAACAGAGUGGUGGAAUUUCCAGGGACAAGUUUUCACAUAAAUGAUCAUAAGCUGGAAAUACUAAUUGGAUUCUAGGACUUACACUUAACCUCAGAUAUUUGCAAGAAAUGAGUUUAAUCAGUUGUUGGCUCUGAUGUCAGAACCCCAUGUCCCUUCAGCUUACAGGUUUGUGGAGUCGUCUUUGUCUCAUUGAUAUAAUGAGUGUAUGCACAUGGCAUUUAUGCUGCUCUAUGUCAACUAUGCACUUGAAGAGCUGAACAUCACUAUAGCAGUCAAUCCAAAAAUCCAAAUUCCCACAAAGAGCACCACUGAAAUAAUUCUAUUAUAUUGGCUGUGUUCGAGUCUUCUUUAUCACUCAGAGUCAAGUGCCCAUUUUUGUUAACAAAUGCCAAUAACUUUACUUUGAAAAUUUGAAUGGGUAUUCUUGUAUCAUUAGAACAUGAGUAAUUCAUAUUUCGCUGCAGAAACCUACCUUCUAUUCUUAUAUUCUAUGUGCCCCUGUCUGAAUGAUUAUAAAUCUCACAGAAUGCUAUGUUGAAACUUUGUAAAUAUGCCAAUGUUCCUUAUAUGUUUGCACUUUUCCACUGUGUAAUAUGAGUUACAGUUCAUGGAGCUCUACGGCCAGUUACACAGCUACUGUAAUCUGUUCAUUCAGGAAAUCCAAAGCCAAAUGUUCUGCAACACUUAUGCUUUUUCUAUAACGUGCAUUCUCAAUUAUGAGCUAAUGAAAAUAAUGCAUGCAUGGAGUGUAUUAUUUACAUAAAAAACCUUUCUAUGUUUCACUUUUUCUUCGUGGAAUGGAGAUUUCUGGGUUUUGAUGAGUUGACUCUAUUGAGUUUCAAAACUCUCUAGAAACAAGUCAGUUUAAUUGUGAAGAUCAUAGUUUAGUUUGUGAUAGAUUCCUUAUUUGAAUGUUGACUUUAUGUCACAUUAACAGGGCAUAAAUGAAAGAGUAUUUAACUAAAAGAAUCUCAGAGGAAACAUUAUUUAAGGGGACAGAAUACAAAGAAAGCCAGGGGUGAAGGAGCAGGGUAUAUUGUAGAAAUCAAUACAUAUUCCCUUGCAGAACAGGAAGAUCCAUUCUUUUUUCUCUGUGUAUAGUGUGUGAAAUCACACAGAGAACACAUAAGCAUAUAACACA